AUGUGGGUCCUCCUCCGAGGGGCAUACCCCCUCCGAACCCUGCUGCCCCUGCGUGGAGAAUGGAUGGGUCGGAGGGGCCUGCCCCGAAGUUUGGUCCCAGGAUCUUCUCGCAGACGGUACAGGAAAGAGACUCUUCCAGCUUUAGAUGUACCAGUGUUGCCUGUAACUACAACUGAAAUCCGCCAAUAUUUGCGCACCCAUGGGAUCCCCUUCCAGGAUGGCCACAGCUGCCUGCGGGCACCCAGCCCCUUUGCAGGGACCUCACAGCAAAAGGAUCCUGUUGGUAUUGCCACUCCCUUCAGCCUCUUCAUUGACAAGACCACCGGUCGCUUCCUCUGCAUGGCCAGCUUGGCAGAGGGGAGUUGGGAAGACUUCCAAGCCAGUGUGGAGGGGCGAGGGGAUGUGACUAAGGAGGGGGUUCUGCUUAGUGAAACGCCAGAAGCUGUGGAUAGUGAGGAGGUCCGGAGGAUCUGGGACCGAGCCAUACCUCUCUGGGAGCUACCUGAUCCCCAGGAGGUCCAGUUGGCUCGUGUGAUGUUUGCCCUCACUAAAGUGACAGAUGACACACUCAAGCGUUUCAGUGUGCGGUAUCUACGACCUGCUCGCAGUCUUGUUUUCCCUUGGUUUUCCCCUGGAAGCUUGGGAUUACGUGGCCUGAAGCUAUUAGGGGCUGAAGGUCAGGGGGAUGGAGUGCAUUAUGUUGAGACCACCAUUCCCCGGCCUAGUGCCUACCACAAUCUGUUUGGAUUACCAUUGAUCAAUCGCCGAGAUGUUGAAGUGGUAUUGACUAGUCGUGAGCUGGACAGCCUGGCUUUGAACCAGUCCUUAGGGCUGCCCACCCUUGCCCUGCCCCGGGGAACCACCUGCUUACCCCCUUCUUUACUUCCUUACCUGGAACAGUUCAGACGUAUUGUGCUUUGGCUAGGGGAUGAUCUUCGGUCCUGGGAAGCUGCCAAGUUGUUUGCCCGAAAACUGAACCCCAAACGAUGCUCUUUGGUGCGGCCUGGAGACCAGCAGCCCCAUCCCUUGGAGGCCUUGAACCGUGGCUUAAAUCUUUCUCGUAUCCUGCGUUCUGCCCUGCCUGCCUGGCACAAGUCUAUUGUGUCUUUCCGGCAGCUUCGGGAGGAGGUGCUAGGAGAACUAUCAAAUGUGGAGCAAGCAGCAGGCGUCCGCUGGAGUCGCUUUCCAGACCUUAAUCGACUCUUAAAGGGGCAUCGCAAGGGCGAGCUGACAGUCUUCACAGGGCCAACAGGCAGUGGAAAGACAACAUUCAUCAGUGAGUAUGCCCUGGAUUUGUGUACCCAGGGGGUGAACACACUGUGGGGUAGCUUUGAGAUCAGCAACGUGAGACUUGCCCGGGUCAUGCUGACACAGUUUGCAGUGGGACGGCUGGAAGAACAACUGGACAGAUAUGAAGAAUGGGCUGACCGCUUUGAGGACCUGCCCCUCUAUUUCAUGACUUUCCAUGGGCAACAAAGCAUCAGGACUGUUGUAGAUACCAUGCAACAUGCAGUCUACGUCUAUGACAUUUGUCAUGUGGUUAUCGACAAUCUGCAGUUUAUGAUGGGUCACGAGCAGCUGUCCACAGACAGGAUUGCAGCUCAAGACUAUAUCGUUGGGGCAUUCCGGAAGUUCGCUACAGACAACAACUGUCAUGUGACACUGGUCAUUCACCCCCGGAAGGAGGAUGAUGACAAGGAACUACAGACUGCAUCCAUUUUUGGUUCAGCCAAAGCAAGCCAGGAAGCGGACAACGUUCUGAUCUUACAAGACAGGAAGCUGGUAACUGGGCCAGGGAAACGGUAUCUUCAAGUGUCCAAAAACCGCUUUGAUGGAGAUGUAGGUGUCUUCCCACUUGAGUUCAACAAGAGCUCCCUCACCUUCUCCAUCCCACCAAAGAGCAAGGCCCGACUGAAAAAGAUCAAAGAUGACAAUGGACUAGUGGCCAAAAAGCCCUCUUCUGGCAAAAAGGGAGCUAUGCCCCAGAACUCUGAAACAUGCCUGGGCCAGUCCCCAGACCCCUAG